CCCCUCCCUCGCCUGUGCUCUCUCUCUCUCUCUCUCUCUCUCCCACUUCAGUAGCGAACCGCUCGGAUACGGAGAGGAAAGACUCAUAAGUACCUUCCUCUCCUCCAUUGUCUGUUCUUUUUUUUCCUCUCUCUCACUCUGUCUCUUCGCCUCUCUUUUUUCGCUCAGGAGGUGUUUGUUUCUUUCUCUGUCAGCCAGAAGGGAGCAGGAUGCGCUCCGUGACAACGCUCGGCCGUGACAGGAGAGGGGUGAACAUGAAAGAAGAGAGGAGAAACUGACCGAAAACAGAGAACCACCCCCCGCCGAGCAACCAAGCAGGAGAGGGGUAGACGGCAGAAGAGCAACAGCCAUGCGGGGCUCCAGCGAGGGCGCGGAGGGGGACUGAGGCGGUGCCACUGAGCGGCCAGCAGAGGGCGACUGCGCUCUCCGCUGCUGCGGGACCGGGCAGGGAACAUGAGCAUCACCGGUCAGCGGUCCUUCAACGUCCUGGCGGUGGUCUUCCUCCUGCUCUCCACGGCAGCCCUGUCCGCGCACUUCCGCGUGUGCGAGCCCUACUCUGACCACAAGGGGCGCUACCACUUCGGCUUCCACUGUCCCCGUCUCUCCGACAACAAGACCUACAUGUUCUGCUGCUUCCACAACAACACAGCCUUCAAGUACUGCUGCAAUGAGACCGAGUUCCAGACCGUCAUGCAGCUCAACCUGACCAGCCAAACAGACGGCUUACAGCACAAUAACUACACUGCUCUGGUGGGAGUGUGGAUCUACGGUUUCUUCGUUAUGGUUCUGUUGGCUCUGGACUUCCUGUACUACUCGGCCAUGAACUAUGAGGUGUGCCGGGAGUACCUGGAGAGGUGGGGGUUGGGGGGGCGCUGGCUCAAACAGGCCCGAAGCCAGUGGAACAACCCCCCUCCAGAGGAAGAGGAGCCCUCCGUGCACCCUAUCGUCCUGGCCCACCACCCUCGACACAGCCUGAGGGGAGACACCCAGAGCCCCUCCCUAAUGUCCUUCCAUACCUCCACAGCCUGAACUAAGACGAAGUAAUACAGAAGAAGCAGGAAGUGGACAUGGGCUGGAGUACAGACACAAGACACAGCAGGAUAUGGGAGUGGCCUGGACUACAGAUACAACUGCAAGUGGGGCAUGGCCUGGACUACACACACACAACAGGCAGUGGGGCAUGGCCUGGACUACAAAUGCACACAACAGGAAGUGGGGCGUGACCUGGACUACAAAUGCACACAACAGGAAGUGGGGCGUGGCCUGGACUACACACGUACACAACAGGAAGUGGGGCGUGGCCUGGACAAAAGGACACAGCGGGAAGUGAGUGCGGCUCAGACUACAAACAGUAGGAAGUGGGCGGGGCUUGGUGCUCUGGACACUACUUGUCUCUUUCUUCAGCACAUGCCACAUAAACACACUCACACGCGUGUGCCUGCUCACACAAACACACCGGUCAUUCUGAGCCCAACCUGGGUUCCAGGGUGACUCAUCUGGACAGAACGACUGAUUUGUGGAGGGUCGACACCCACCCAGGAACAUUGGGGGAAACGGCUGCGUCCCAUACAGUUUUAAGGGGACACCAACUGCUGCUGCUCCACCAGUCCCACGGAAGCCAAAACCGCCCCCUCUCCCUCCCCCUCCCCGUUCCACGGUCAUGCUCCACGGCCCUUCGCCCUCUCCAAAAUCGUUUGUGGUGUUCCUCUGUACCCGUCAAUCACCACCGAGAGAAGGGGGCUGUGGUAAGAGACUCCUCUGUGAACACCCUCUGGAUGUAUCCGUGUAGAUCGCACUGCUGUUUGGCCGGGUCUAGACGCAGUGGCAAUUAGAGUUAGAGCUAGGGUUAUUUAUUGGUCUGUUAGUAAUGUGAACUUGUCAGGGAAUCACAUGAUAAUUGUAAACGAGUAAUGAAUCAAGUGGGCUACAUCAACAGGGAAUUAGAUUAAACGAGCCCAUUUUACUUUCCUCCUUAAAAUGCCUACAAACCUCUUCUCCCCUCUCUCCUUCCUCGAGGUGGGGGGGGGGGAGGGUUGAGAGUUAUUGGUUCUUUAGUUUUUCUUUUAUCAAAUGCAGAUGUCUGAAGUAUAUUAUAAGCAAUUUUCCAACUGGUUGUUGUGGUCUUGAAAAAUUAAAACAACUAGGCUGGAUUUGGUACUUCACGUUCACUAAAAACCUUGGAAUAAAAAUUCAAUACAUUGCAAGUUGAAAAAUUUAGGUGUGAUCUUGCGACAAAAACUGAGUUUGUAAUAACGCAGGCAGGAACAGAUCCAGGAUUGUUAUUUUUUUGUGGGAGUUUUCACACAAAAUAUUCUCCUCCCACGCAAGCAAACACAGUGACAAUGAUGUUUCAUCAGGUUUGUUCGAACACAAUGUGAAUUCAACACGGCUGAAUAAACUGUCCAAAACUAUUCUCAGUAGAUCCAUAAGAGAUAUUAAAAGAAAACACGUCUUGGUUUGUUUUUCUGAAUUAGGAGCUGAAGUCCAAAGGAGCAGUAAAGCCGUGACUAUCAAUCUCAAUUUCAGAGACUUCACCUGAGGCUAUAUUACUGCUGACUUCACUCCUUCCAACUGUCAGUCAUUCUUCACAUUCUCUGAAAAACUCUGGAGUUUAAACUCCAAAAACCUUCUAGAGUUUUCCGUUUCUUUUUUCAUUCCUGAUUGCAUCACUGUAAUAAUUCUAUUAUUUUGUGAAAGGUAAAAAGCCAAUGUGUGCUUCUAACCCUAUUUAAGUGAAAUGAGUUUAAACUACUGACCUUGUGGAUUAAUAAUGUGUAGCUUAAGCAGGCUGGAUAGUAGUUUAUAGCUGCAGUAACAUCCUUUGUGAAGAGGUCACAGUGACCUUCAUUAUCUUUCGCUGCCAUUUUAUAAAGCCAUCACUGAAAACUACAGCGGGGCAAAGGUGGGUGGAAGUGAUUACAUAAAACUUAUGGCUGUAACACUGUAGCUUUUAUGUAUAUCAUAGGAGUCAUUUAAUUUUGAAUAAUUACACAUUGCAGUACUGGGCUAUAGAGUUUUAAUCUGACGAACCGUUGUAACGGCAGGUGAAGAUUUUGUGAAAUAUGUGGGAGAGAUCAACAGACAGACGUUUAACGUUGUCAUAACGACCGCGUCAGCAAUAAUGUGCAGUGUUCCGGUAAUUCCAGCCGCCUAAAGUGGCUGCAUUGUAAAUGUCAAGGAAGAUGAAAAACUACCAACCAUUAUCGCAGCACGGCCAAGACUGUAAGCUGAAUCUGCCUAUUCAUUCCGGAUAGACUUUUUCAAAAACAAACUUCUAAAGUUCGUUUUUUAAAACUGCGGAGAAGGGGAAAGUGUGAAUCUUUUUUGAUUUCCCUUCCGUCUCAGCUGCAGAUUACGGCUUUUUUCCCCAUGAAGGAUAAUUACAAUGAUGAACUAUAAAUCGCUUGUUAGCAUCCACAUCAGAGAAUCGCAGUUUUAUUGUUGUAUGCACCUGUCAAUCAACACAAGGUACAUACAGUGCACAGCUGCGAGUGCUUUAGACACAUUCUUCUUGUGGAGACAAGUUCUAAAAAUCAUUCUGAGAAAUCCAAACAACUGCUAACUUUAUCAUUAUAGAUUAUAUUUAAAGUUAUUGUUGCGCAGACACACCAAUUCAUUUUAACUUAUUUUUUAAAAUAUUUUUGUAGUUAAUAUUUUGAGAUCAGUUGUGACUCUCUAGGUCUAGGGCAAGCCAUCCCUGCUUCAAUGCACUGUUAAUGUCGAAAUAUAUUUAUUUCUUGGGAACAAAAAAAAGAAACGUAUCACAGGAUGUUACACAAUUAAAAGGAUUACAAUAACAGAACAGUCAUUUCCCCAAACACAAGAUCUGAUCACGGAGUAGAGCAAGUACGAUUGCGUCAGUGCCUGGUCUUUAGAACCCCUCCUAGUUCACCAGAACUGCGGCAUGACUGUGUAACAGUCUCUCCUAGUUAUCAGUAAUAAAGGCGAAAUCUGGAAAAGAGUCUCCUUUUUAAUGCGAGUAAGAGCGUUCCAGCGGUCCAAUUACGUGUUCCGAAGAGCGGGGCCAGGUCCUCGUUUACGGUUUCGAGGAGCGAGAGAUUCCCUCCGCGCCGAAAUAAAUUGGCUUCGGAGAAAAGAGAGAGAAAGCAGGUGUACGUGGUCGGGUUGUCCCGCGGACGCUGCGCGGGGCAGCGGUGAUAGGGUGGAGGUGGGGGGGGGGGCUGAAGGCCACAGAGGAGGGUGUGGGGGGUCAGGGGAUUUUCAGACAGCUGGAACAAAAAGAGAUUUAAUUGGACCCCAAAGCAGAUGGGAACAGACAGAGAUCAGACAUGAUAGGACACAAGCCUUGUGGGGGGGGGGGCUCAAUUUUGGCCCUAACAAAGUCAUCCUGUGAUCUGGGACUUUACGUACAGACACACGCGCGCACACACGUCUCAUCCACGGAACAUUCUAGAAGAGUAAAUGAGAAUCUGUGUCUCGACUGUUCACCCCAAUGGAAAUUACACCCACACGCUGUAUACCUCCUUAUUUUACACCCCCAAAUCAACAAGAGCGUGGGCCUUCCAGAAACCAGUCAGGCCAAAAAACAUCUUCAGCCUCUAUUACAGUCUUCACCUCUCAAAGAGGAGUCUGUGUCUUUAGCACGACAAGCACAGCCCACAGGCCCUUUAGCAACGGGAAUAAUAACUAUAACACGCGACAAAUCACUCGCUAACCUCCAUUCAGGGGGACUCUUAUUAUUACACACCUUUCAAUCAUCCUGGCUAACAUUUCAUUGCAAUCAAUUAGCCAACUCCUAUCCAGAGUGGCUUUGAGAAUGUUAGUGCCAGUCUCAGGAAUAGAGUAUGAUAUCACCUAGGCACAGAAGACCCAUUUAGAAUCAAUGCACAAAGAAACGCCACUCAAAGGAACGCAGGCACGCACAUCAGUGUUUGUUUGGAUGUGUUUUAUGGUUGGAGAUGUGUUCUGCAAGCUACUCAAGAGAGAUCCAGAUAGUGCUCACCAUUAUCGUUUCAGCUCAUCUUUAUAGCAAUUGUCACAGUGCAGACUCUUUCAUUGAUUUCAAUGGUAACAUUUUUUAUUUUUAUUUCAUAUAGUUAUUGUUAUAGCUUUCACUCCCUGUGGAAAAUGGCCUUAGAAUGUACUAAAUACUGAUGUGUACUGAAUACUGUAGUGGUUGGAAUAGGAUUGGUGUGUGUAUAAACUGUUAAAAGACCAGAAUAUCGCCAAUAUACAUACGAAAGCUAUAGGUCGCCUUGCACAUUUUCUUGCCACCCCCCCGCGCCCCGCGCCAAUCAUAACGGGUCAGAAGUGUGCACAUUUGUGGACAGACAUAAUGUGCACAUCACCCUCCCCUCCCCCUCCAACACAAAAAUCUGCAUCUCUGAGACAAAAGAAACAUGUCUGCCAUACAGUCCUUUCCGCUGUUAAUGUGAUCCUCUCCGAGGUAGGGAACAGUUUAAAUAAAUAAAUAAAUAAAUAAAUAACAAAAAAAAACCUGUCUUACAGGAAGACAGGGAGCACCCGCCAUUUUACUCAUGACGUUACCAUGGUAACAGAUGCCUUACAGUGAAUUUUACACCUGAAUCCCCCUCCCUUCCACUCCCCUCCCCAUAGCUUUGUAUUGGCUGGUACUACACCCCUGUUCUAGAUGUCUACAACGACAUCACACCCAAGGGGGGCUAUCUAUGUUUUACUACUAGAUAGAAUGUAGAGUUGGAGUUGAAUUGUAAUUGCACUUGUUAACUUUGUAUUGUUACUACGGUCAGAAAUAAAGAUUUAUCUUUUCCAGUGUGUUUAAAA